ACUACAUUACUUUUUUUCUCUGCUAAUAAGCGGGAAAAAAACGAAGAUGCAGAAACGGCAAAGCGGUGCCGGUGCCGGUGCCGGCGGUGGCUCAGCUACUCCGGCAGCUAAAAGAGGUCGUCCAUUAGGCAGCGUAAACACUAACUCCGCCGCAGCUACGGCGGCGGCAGCCGCCGCAGCUAAUGCUGCCGACUCCGUUGCUCCGCCUUCGCUUCUCGGACCUUCGCUACAUGUUCACUAUGCAUUUGCUGAUCAGAACAAUAAAAGGAUUGUUCUGGCACUUCAAAGUGGAUUGAAGAGUGAGCUGACAUGGGCAUUAAACACUCUCACUUUGCUAUCAUUUAAGGAGAAGGAUGAAGUCCGCAAAGAUGCAACCCCUCUUGCGAAAAUUCCUGGGUUGCUUGAUGCUCUACUUCAAGUUAUAGAUGACUGGCGUGAUAUAGCCUUACCGAGGGUGCUUGUGAAGACACCACGUGUUCGGCUGUUGGGUGCAAAUUCAGCUGUUACUGGAUUUGGAAAUGAAUAUGAGGCCUUGAACUCGGAUAAUCCCCUACCGCAUCCUAGUACUGGAUCUGGAUCUUCCAACAAAGAGACAUCUGUUCUGAAGUGUGCUAACAAGCUUCGCCCUAGAGCCUGGAGUUAUGAAGAAGAUGGCCUAUUUAAUUUGGAUGAGGAGGGUCGGGCUGAGAAGCAGCUGUGUGCUGUUGCUGCUUCAAACAUUCUCCGCAACUUCUCUAACAUGCCAGAUAAUGAAGUCAUCAUGGCGCAGCAUAGGCAUUGCCUUGAAACCAUAUUUCAAUGUCUUGAAGAUUAUGUUACAGAGGAUGAGGAACUUGUCACAAAUGCCCUCGAAACUGUAGUGAAUUUGGCUCUAUUGCUGGAGCUUCAGAUCUUUAGCUCCCCAUCAAAACCUUCUUUCAUCAAAAUGACGGAGAAACGUGCAGUCCAGGCUCUCAUGGGAAUGCUGGGAUCUGCUGUUAAGGCUUGGCACUCUGGCGCUGCUGAAUUAAUUGGCCGUCUUAUAAUAAAUCCUGAAAACGAUGCUCUCCUACUUCCUUUUGCUUCACAGAUAUACAAACGUUUGGUUGAUAUAAUAAGCCUACCACCUACUGAUGCUCAAGCAGCUGCUGUAGGUGCACUAUAUAACCUUGCAGGAGUAAGUAUGGACUGUCGUUUGAAGCUGGCAAGUGAACGAUGGGCAAUUGAUCGGCUGUUAAAAGUGAUCAAGACGCCACAUCCAACACAAGAAGUUUGCAGGAAAGCAGCAACUAUUUUGGAAAACCUUGUGUUGGAGCCGCAGAACAAGCCCCAUCUACUACCAUAUGAAAAUGCUUUUGCGGAGAUGCUCUUUGGUGAUUCAAGGUACUCGGACAUUUUUGCGAGGAUAUUAUAUGAACUAACCUCACGGCCAAGCAACAAAGUUGCAUCAGCUUGUGGGAUCUGGGGCAUGUAACCCAGAUUGCUGUCUUGGGUGGAUUUCUGCUGACAUUCUGAUGUACAUAUUCGUUUAACUUUGAAUAUUUAUUAGUUAAACUUGCUUCUCUACUCAUUGAGCACUAAUCUAGCUCUUAAAUGCAAAACGUAGUUUUCAAUAGUAGUUCUUUCUCCUUAAA